CAUCCAUUUCACUCUCUUCACAAACACUGCAUGCCUUUCUCGCAAUUGACAAUUCCCUCUCUAGAAAUUGAGAAACCGCAAAAACAAACGAAAUCUGUGAUUAAUUCAAUGGCAGUCGAUGCAAGGCCUCACAAUCUCUUCUCGCCUCCGCUCAUCCAAGACAGAGAGAUGAUGAAUCUGAACGUGAUGAGUCAAGGAAACGGCGCCUCCGCCGCGUACAACGCGCAGCAGAUGCGGUUCCUCGGGAUCCCCUCCGCCGCGGCAUUGCCGGAGAAUCAAUUCUACCACCACAACCACCACUCAGCGGCGGGGAUGUCGCAGGCGAAGACGUCGGUCAACACCGACAGCGGCGUCACGUAUAACAACAUCUCCGCGCCGAGGAAGCGCUCCUUCGCUCAAUUCAACGCCGUCCAGAAUUUCGCGCCGCAGAAGAGGCUCAAUCAACUGCCGACGCUCGCCGGCGAGGAAAUCAUGCCGCAGGCGCAAAUCCAGCAGUAUCAGUUCGAGAUCGACGCGAUAAUCUCACAACAUACGAAGAAGAUACGAUUCGAAUUGGAGGAGCGGCAGAAGCAGCAAUCUCGACUGCUCGCGGCGGCGAUCGGCGAAGGCGUGAUGAAGAAACUGAAGGAAAAGGACGAACAGAUUCAGAGAAUGGGGAAAUUGAAUCUCGCCUUACAAGAGAGAGUCAAAAGCCUCUACGUCGAGAAUCAGCUAUGGAGAGAUUUGGCGCAAUCGAACGAAGCCACCGCGAAUUCGCUGCGGAUCAAUCUCGAGCAAGUCCUCCAGCACGUCGGCAGCGGCGGAGAGGAACGCAUCGCGGCGGUGGAAGACGACGCCGAGUCGUGCUGCGGCAGCAACGACGCCGAGGCGCAGGAGAAGGAGGAACGCAGCAGCAGUUGCUAUAGUGACCGGCGGUGCAGGCUUUGCGGUGACAGACAGUCGUGUGUUCUGCUGCUGCCGUGCCGGCAUCUCUGCCUCUGCUCCGUAUGCGGGAGCGGGUCCCACCAGCUGCAGUCGUGCCCCGUGUGUAACGUUAGCAUGACCGCCACAUUGCAUGUUAACAUGUCAUGAUUUUUUUUUCCGGCGAAGAUUAGGAAAAAGGAUUAGAUUAAACCAAAAAAAAAAUCAGGAUUAUAGGUUUUUGGAUGUAAAUUAACAGUUGAAAUCUUUUAUUCUUUUAUUACUAUAAUUCAUGAUUUUUUUUUUC